AUGAAAUCAACAACAACAACUCUGAUUGUUUUUUGCUUUUUAGUAUGCUCCCUUCUCUUUGCACAAUCAAUUCUCGGAGGAAAACCUGAGGACGUGAUGCCUGGAGUCGCGGAGUUAACCGAUCAAAAUUUUGAUACAUUCAUCAAGAGUAACAAGUAUGUCCUUGUAGAAUUUUAUGCACCAUGGUGUGGACAUUGUCAAGCCUUCUCCAAGUCUUUGGGCAAACUCGGAAAGGUUGUUUCCGAAUCUAAAAGAACAGAUGUCAAAAUUGCCAAAGUAGAUGGUGACAAGUAUGAAUCUUUAUCCAAUCGAUUGAAUUUAGAAGGAUUCCCAACUAUUUAUUUAUUCAAAGAUGGCAAUCUCAAGAACCCAAUUACUCAUGACGGCCCAAUGACUGCCAAGGGAGUUCUUGAUUUUAUUUAUGAAAAUUCUAAAAAGUAA